UUAAAACGUGAUAUCAGACAAUAGGAUAUAACAUAUAGCAAAAAUGUGAAAUAGUGCUAUUUUUUCGACUUUAGAACGGGCAGCUAAAAUAUCGAUAUUUGAGAUAUUCAAUAUGGUCACUACACGACAGAAUACUUUUGAACUUCAUCUCCGUGGGUACACUCAAAUAUGUUCCCUUGUUAGUAAUACUAAUUUAUAGUUAUGUUAGAUAUGAUUUAAACAAUAAUAUUGAUUAUCAUUGUUUUGAUUGUGAUAUCCAGAAAAGAAUGAAAGAGUUGGUGUAAAGUUCAUAAUUUUCUUUCUAUUGAAUGUCUUUUCGAGUAUAGCUUGUAAAAUUUAUAGGGAGUCGAAAAAUACAUCAGUCGGUAUAAUUAUUACAGUGAUCAAUUUGAGACUAACAUCUUUUUAUAUAUUUGAUUGAGAUAACAGAGGAAAUAGAAAAUAUAGAAAACUGAAGAUGGGAUAAUGAUAUGUGAAGAGAUUUCGUACAAUACAUUUGGCUAAUAUUCUCGGUUUACAUAAGUUUGAGAUAAUAUAAAACAGACAUAUUAAACACUGUCGUUUUUAGAAUAAUGAAAAAUACUGUAGAAGAGUAAUGAAUGUUGAUUGUCUGAGUAUCUAAUAUUGUAUUAUCUAAAUAUAUAAAAAUAUAAUUUCUAGGAUGGUUUUAUACUGGCAGUAUGAGUGUUGCACGAAAUCAACACACAGCAUCUGUAUUGUCAAAUGGAAAAGUAUUAGUAACUGGUGGAUGGAAUGGUAGUAAUAAUGCUCUGUAUAGUGUUGAGUUAUAUGAUCUCUCAACAGGUAUUUGGGCAGCUACUGGUAACAUGACUAAUGCACGAUAUUUUCACACAGCAUCUGUAUUACCAAAUGGAAAAGUAUUAGUUACUGGUGGAGGCAAUGAUCAUGGUUAUUUAAAUAGUGCUGAGUUGUAUGAUCCAUCAAUAGGCAUUUGGGCAAUUACGGGUAACAUGACUAAUGCACGAUACGGCCACAUAGCAUCUGUUUUAUUAAAUGGAAAAGUAUUAGUUACUGGUGGAUACAAUGGUGUUGCUUUAAAUAGUGCUGAGCUCUAUGAUCAAUCAACAGGUAUUUGGACAGCUACUGGUAACAUGGCUAAUGCACGACAGUGGCACACAGCAUCUGUAUUACAAAAUGGAAAAGUAUUAGUUACUGGUGGAUACUAUGGUAUUAGUACGGUUUUAAAUAGUGCUGAACUAUAUGAUCCAUCAACAGGUAUAUGGACAACUACUGGUAGCAUGACUAAUGUACGAUAUUUUCACACAGCAUCUGUAUUAUCAAAUGGAAAAGUAUUAGUUGCUGGUGGAGUCAAUGGUAGUAUUUCUUUAAAUAGUGCUGAGCUCUAUGAUCCAUCAACAGGUAUUUGGACAACUGCUAGUAACAUGGCUAAUGCACGGACUUCUCACACAGCAUCUGUAUUACCAAAUGGAAAAGUAUUAGUUACUGGUG